GGACUCUGGAGGAGGAGGUCUGGAACUUUUGCAUUUGACCCUCGGCUGCGCUGGCAUUCGGGCUUCCCUCCUGAUGUGACCCUGUCAGUGGGGAGCGUGGGAAAAAGUGAUCUCCAAUGUGAAAGGUCAAAACGGGAAGGUUCAUCCAGGACCUGCUCGUCUCUCUCCAUCUUGCUUGUUCUUCCACGGACACGUCUGGGAAAGUCAUCGUCGCCUGUAUCAGCCACCUCUCCCGUCGACUUCAAGCAAUCGCUUCAAGGACCUGGUUCGGCCACACGCAGAGUGAAUUCCUAGAUAGGCUGACAGCAGACUGCUGCCGAUCGUGGAACAUCCACCUUUGGACCCGAAGUACAGAAAUAGAAUAAAAGCAGGAGCUGCCGGAAUUCUCGAAAUGUCAGUCGUCUCAGGUGACCCAGUGGUCGCCGCACCUCCUUCUGUCAUCCAACCAACCGAUGGGAGCGACACAGUCGAUGCCACCAAGCUCAACAUUCUCUUCAUCGUCACCGCCUGCGCUUCCAUGCUCGGCUCCCUCUUCGUUAUCCGGUCCUACUUCCGCCGCAAGGACCUCCGUACGCCCAGUUUGAAAGUCGUAGCGAUCAUGGCUGUGUGCGAUUUUGGGUUUGCGGCAAAGUUUGUCGGGGCUGGGUUUUACUCUUUGUUUGGGGAUCAAGCGAAAUCGGCUACUGGGACGGUGCUGUGCGAGUUGAGUGGACAUGCCGGGCAGUUUUUUGCGCUCUCGACGGUGUUAUGGAACGGCGUUGUUUCGCUCAAUCUAUUCUUCCUGCUAUACAAGCCCCGGAGGCACAAGCCACGUCUCUGGACCGUACAAUAUCAUUGCGUGGUUUGGGGCUAUUGCAUUCUCUCGGCGGUCGUCCUGGCGGUUAAACGGCAGAUCGGCUUCACAGAGGACGGCACAUGCUGGAUCAUGGGCAAACAGAGUCCCUACCGUCUCCUGUUCUACGUCCCUCUCAUAGCCAGCUUCAUAUUUGCCACCUUUGCCAUCGUCUUUGCCACCAUGCGCUUGCGAAACAGGGGGAAAUCCAACCAGCUUGCCGCCACGACGCGUAAAGUCCUUUCCCGGAAGCGGGCGAGUUUGAUUCGCAUCUAUAUGGUGACGAUCGUCUAUGUUUCUGUUUGGUCCUGGUCAUUGAUUUUCCGGGCUGUUGCCUUUGCGAGCGACAAUCCACCUCCGGCGUGGCUGGUCUACAUCCAAGCCUUCUUCCUUGGAAGUCAAGGAUUUUUCAACGCCGCCGCAUGGUCGUUGUCCGUGAUCUUCACCCCGGAAUCCAAAGACCGAUGGAGACCUACCACAAGAGAUGCCCGCUUCACUCUCGCCGAUCGGAGGUCCCGCGGAGACGGCAUGCAGCCACGGUCGCGCAUGGCUCCAGGCUAUAAGAUCGAAGAGCAUGAUGACGACGACUGCGACGACGCUGAAAACGCGGAAGAACUACCCGAAAGUCUCGACGUCAGUUCCGUCUACCCAUCCGCAGGUCCGCCCGACCACACUGGGCCGGAUUCCGUCGCCUCGAUGGCUGCCAAGGAUUCCGUAUGGCGUAUCGCGAUCCGAGCCGCAGCGGGUUUGGGUGAGAUGGAGUACCCGUCCCCAACCACCCGCCCGGAAACGGCAGCCACAGCAUCGUCCGUGAGCGUGGUUACAAGCGACAAAGCCAGCAAGCACAGCGGCAGCACGAGAGCAUCCUCUCGCCGUCCGCAUCAACGCCUACCCAACCCCAGUCAUAACUCGCAUCAGCACGGCCGGAACCCAUCCUCUUUCUACGACUUUUACGACAUGUUCGUUUUUGAAAGCGACUCGUCGUAUUACAGCGAUUCGCAGGACGAUGAGAUCCUCGACUGCGAUACGCUGUCGCAGGAGAACUUUAUUACCAAGCCGGAUGUGGCUGCACGUCAUCGCGCCGGUGCGGAUGUCAAGGUACCGCCGGUUCUGCCGAUUGGCGUGGUUGCGAAUGAAGACGAGACGGUGCCUACGUUGCCGUGGCAAGCACCGCCAGCGUGGUCCGCGCGGCAGCAUUGGGGCGGGGCCAUGGAACAGCAUUGAGGAAACCUGUGUAGCAUCCGAUGUCGUCCGUCUCUGGACCUCCGCCGGAACAAAGGAAAAGAGUGACUCGGACAUCGCAUGCCUUGCUGUUCAAGCCGGGACAACGAAGCAUCUCCUCCACGGCGUAAUGCUCCGCCCCUUUCCAUUUCCGUUUCGUAUACCCCUUUGUACAUCCCCUCCCUUUCCCCCCUUUAGAUAUCUGAGAUUCAACGGACGUAUCGCCUCUCGGACAUUGUGUUGCAAUCCCGUUUUUCUUCCUUGUUAUUCGUUCUGCGCAUAUGUACAUGUACCUUUUUCCCCGGCCUUUCCCCUCCAAUUCUUCGUAUAUACCCUUGUACAUACAUACAUACACACAUACAUACCAUCCAAUGGAUAUCUUCGCGCUCUGUAUUCGUCCUC